GGGUUCUUCUCCUUCGCUUCUUAUGCGGAUUUGGCUGUUUAUACACCAACACCAUAAUCCAUUCCAUAUUCAUAUUCUCUCUUGUAAUCUCAAACAAUUUCUUCAAUUUGCAUUCCAUACUUUCUUUCUUUAAGAUCUCCUGCUUAUUAUUCUAUUUCACGAGUGGAACGGAUUCAUGAAGAGAACCGGAGAUCAAACGGAUUGACAUAAACUCGCCCUUUCAACGAUGUUGAAUCAUUGAUGUACUGAAACUAGAUCAGUAAAUGGUGUCUUUUAGAUGAAAUCAGUUGGUUGCAGCUUGUAGAGGCUGCAUUUAAGCAUGUUGAUUGCUUUUAAUUCGACGCUUAAUUGUAGUGAAAAGACGCGUAAUAAAUCACAUUCAAUCAGUAUUGGUAAUCUACAAGCGAGCGAAGAACACUGUUUUAACAGUGUAGAAGCCUGCUUUUGGACCUUGGAAGUCCAUUGACAAAUUCAUCAGUUACUUGUUAGUGUGUCAAUAAUGGAAAGAUAUAAAUGUAUAGAAGAACUUGGAGAUGGAACUUGCGGAACUGUAUAUAAGGCCAUCAACCUCGAGACAUCUGAAAUUGUUGCGGUUAAGAAAAUGAAGAGAAAGUAUUAUGUUUGGGAAGAGUGUAUUAAUUUGCGGGAAGUUAAGGCCCUGCGGAAACUGGAUCAUCCUAACAUCGUAAAGCUGAAGGAGAUCGUCAGGGAGAAUAAUGAAUUGUUCUUCAUAUUCGAAUACAUGGAACAUAAUUUGUACGACAUAAUAAGAGAGAGACAACGAGCUUUCACAGAGGAAGAGAUUAGGGGUCUGAUGAGUCAGCUUCUUAAAGGGCUUGCACAUAUGCAUAAAAAUGAAUAUUUUCAUCGCGACCUGAAGCCCGAGAAUUUGCUGGUGACCAACAAUACUAUUAAAAUUGCUGAUUUUGGGCUGGCUAGAGAAGUGUCGUCUUCGCCUCCUUUUACUGAUUAUGUUUCCACUCGCUGGUAUCGGGCACCAGAAGUUCUGUUGCAAUCUUCAACAUACACUCCUGCCAUAGAUAUGUGGGCGGUUGGUGCAAUACUCGCUGAACUUUUUACUUCAUACCCGAUGUUUCCUGGUGAAAGUGAAAUAGAUCAGUUGUACAAGAUAUGCUGUGUUCUUGGCACACCGGAUUUUACACUCUUUCCUCAAGCAAGGAAUGUUGCUCGGUUGAUGGAUAUUCGUUAUUCAGACAUUAUGCCUGCUAAUCUUGCCGAUCUGAUCCCGAAUGCAAGCUUAGAAGCCAUUGAUUUGAUCAAGCAACUGUGUUUGUGGGACCCGUUAAGGAGGCCAACCGCAGAGGAGUGCUUACAGCAUCCAUUUUUCUAUGGUAACACGUGGAUUUCUCGUCCACUUGAGGAUCCACUUCAGCUGACGAUGGACAGCAUCGGAUCACAACCAAAUCUUGAGUUAAAUCUCUGGGAUUUCAGCCAUAAAAAGGAUGAUUGUUUCUUGGGCUUGACCCUCGCAGUGAACACUAGUGUUUCCAAUAUAGAAAUGGUCCGUAAGACUGGAAGCAGAACACAGGAUCUUAUGUUUUGCUCAGAUUAUGAGGAUGAAGCACAACACUCCGUUUUCUGGUCACUCCUACCCUGCGAGCACCGUGGAAUUCCAUCACCUGUGGAAUCUUCCUUGUCAUUAGCAUUCAGCAGUACAAUUCCUCAUUCAACAAUGGGAGUUCCUCAAUCUGGCGGAUUUAGAAUGCCAUCUCUGCAGCCUAAUUUCUUGACCAUGUCCUCUCACUUCCAGCAGCAGCAGGGUCACUGCCGUUGACCGCUUCUAACUAACUUCAAGCAUAUCGGGCCUGGCCCGUAAGACGUCUCUGUAAACAUCUUUUUUCUUUUUGUUUAUAGUGAACAUAUGAACAGCAUUGUCCCAACUAUUAUGGAACUCCGUUUUGUUACCAAAGUAAUGUAUAAAAAGACAAGAGGUUUAUGAUUUUGAUCAAGUAUCAACUUGGUACAUG